AUGUCCAUUGGGAAGACCAUGCUUGGUCGACGACAUGUCCUUCCCUCUGUUCUCUCCACCUUGACCGAGCUACAAGUCGAGGGUACCUUCAAGACUGGCACUUACCUCGUCACUGUCCAUCACCCAAUCAGUUCCGACGAUGGAGAUCUUGAAAAGGCUCUUUAUGGAAGCUUCCUUCCUGUGCCAUCGAAGGACGCAUUUCCCUUGCUAGACGAAAGUGAGUAUGAUAGUAAGAAAAUGCCAGGUGCCGUUGUUCCGGUCAAGGAAGGCAAGAUUACGUUGAACGAGGGACGGAAGAGAAUCCAGUUAAAGGUCACUAGCAAGGGCGAUAGACCAAUACAGAUUGGCUCUCAUUAUCACUUUAUUGAAACAAAUCCGCAACUUGAAUUUGACAGAGGCAGAGCAUAUGGUUUCCGUUUGGACAUCCCAGCAGGGACUUCGGUCCGUUUCGAACCUGGAGACACAAAGACAGUCACACUGGUCGAAAUUGCAGGCAACAAGACGAUACAUGGCGGAAACAACCUCGCUUCGGGUCCUGUUGAUGUAUCUCGUGCGGAAGAAAUCGUGCAGAAACUUCAGCAAGCUGGAUUUGCCCAUGUUACUGAACCCGCCGGUGACUUGGCCCAUAUAGACGUCGCAUCCAUGACCCGUGCAGACUAUGCCGGCAUGUUCGGUCCCACGACUGGCGAUCUUGUCCGGUUGGGGACGACAGACCUCUGGAUCAAAGUCGAAAAGGACUUGACAGUCUACGGUGAAGAAUGCAAGUUCGGUGGCGGGAAAACUCUUCGAGAAGGCAUGGGACAAGCAUCUGAUCGGAAAGAUGCUGAUGUGCUCGACACUGUCAUCACAAAUGCCCUUAUUGUCGACUGGUCCGGCAUCUACAAGGCUGAUGUUGGAAUCAAGGACGGUCUCAUUGUGGGCAUUGGCAAGGCUGGCAAUCCGGACGUCAUGGAGGGCGUCCAUCCCAACAUGAUAGUUGGCAAUGGCACCGAUGUCAUCGCAGGCGAGCACAGCAUCCUCACCGCGGGGGGUAUCGACUCGCACAUUCAUCUCAUCUGUCCUCAACAGGCCUAUGAAUCUGUCGCGGCCGGCAUAACCACUUACUUAGGAGGUGGCACCGGACCUAGCACAGGUACCAACGCAACGACCUGCACGCCCGGAAAAUGGCACAUGAAACAGAUGCUUCAAGCGAUCGACUCUCUUCCCAUCAAUUACGGUAUCACAGGUAAAGGAAAUGACAGCUCACCGGUUUCCCUCCGCGAGCAGUGCGAAGCUGGUGCCUGCGGUCUCAAAUUACAUGAAGACUGGGGCACCACUCCGGCCGCGAUCGAUACCUGUCUAUCAGUAUGUGAUGAAUACGACGUCCAAUGCCUCAUCCACACCGACACGCUCAACGAGUCUGGCUUCGUGGAAUCCUCCAUCGCCGCGUUCAAGGGCCGGACCAUCCACACGUACCACACCGAGGGUGCUGGCGGCGGGCACGCGCCCGACAUCAUUUCCGUGGUUGAACACGCCAACGUCCUUCCUUCGUCGACGAAUCCCACGAGACCGUUCACGAGGAACACGUUGGACGAGCACCUGGACAUGCUGAUGGUCUGUCACCACCUGUCCAAAAACAUUCCCGAGGAUGUCGCCUUUGCGGAAUCGCGCAUUCGCGCAGAGACCAUCGCCGCCGAAGACGUGCUCCACGACUUGGGUGCUAUCUCCAUGAUGUCGUCCGACUCGCAGGCCAUGGGUCGCUGCGGUGAGGUCAUCCUUCGGACGUGGAACACGGCGCACAAGAACAAACAGCAGCGUGGCACGCUGAAGGAAGACGAGGGCACCGACGCGGACAACUUCCGAGUCAAGAGGUAUGUGAGUAAGUAUACGAUCAACCCGGCGAUCGCGCAGGGGAUGAGUCACUUGGUGGGCAGCGUCGAGGUGGGCAAAGUGGCCGACCUGGUGCUUUGGAAGCCGAGCAUGUUUGGGACGAAGCCGAGUUUGGUGGUCAAGGGAGGAAUGAUCAACUAUGCGCAAAUGGGCGACCCCAACGCCUCGAUCCCCACGGUCCAACCGGUCCUCAUGCGGCCCAUGUUCGGCGCGCACGUCCCCUCACGGAACAUCACCUUCGUCUCCCAACACUCUCUGACAUCCGGCGUCGUGGCGAGCUACAACCUCUCGAAACGCGUCGAGGCCGUCAAGAACUGCCGCAACGUCGGCAAAAAGGACAUGAAGUUCAAUGACACCACGCCGAAGAUGAAGGUCGACCCGGAGAGCUACAGGGUCGAGGCUGACGGCGUGCACUGUACCGCUGCACCGGCGGAGGUGGUCCCGUUGGGGCAGACUUAUUAUGUUUACUGA